CAGCAGCAGCAGCAGCAGCAGCCAUGCUGGGAUUCGGGACGUGCUCCAUGGGCGCCCCGGCGAGGGCGGCUGAGCUGGACGCCGCCUCGUCCCGCUGCAUCCUGGCCCUGCCCGAGGAGGAGACGUGGCGCCAGCACCGCCUGGGCCUGAUGCAGAACACCCAGUCCUGCAACCUGCUGGAGCCACAGAGCCUGGCCCAGGCCCUGGUGUCCCGCGCCGCCUCCUUCGACGCGCUGUGCGAGGCGCGCUGCCGCCAUGGCGAGGCGGAACCGGAGCUGGCCCAGCUGGUGGCCGUGAGCCCCGAGGUGAUCAAGCGCCGGCGGGGAGGGCUCAUCGAGCAGAGGGACAUCAUCAAGGCACACGAGGCACACAAGAUGCAGAGCACGCCCCAGGCGCGGAGGAAGGAGUGGGAGAUGGCUCGCUUUGGGGAGGCAGUGGCCGGCAGGCUGGGCUCCGGAGAUGGGGGCUCCGACCAGAACCGGAGCCGGCAAGGAGCUCCUGCCCCUGCGGGAGGGAGCCCGGGAGCCUUCAAGCAAACCAAAGCGCAGAGAGCCCGGACUAUGGCUCUGUACAACCCCAUCCCCGUCCGGCAGAACUGCUUCACCGUCAACAGAUCGCUCUUCCUCUUCGGGGAAGAGAACAUAGUCAGGAAAUACGCCAAGAAGCUCAUCGACUGGCCUCCCUUCGAGUACAUGAUCCUGGCGACCAUCAUUGCCAACUGCAUCGUGCUGGCCCUGGAGCAGCACCUCCCCGAGGAUGACAAGACGCCCAUGUCACGGAGAUUAGAGAAGACAGAGCCCUACUUCAUUGGGAUUUUCUGCUUCGAGGCUGGGAUUAAGAUCGUGGCCCUGGGAUUCGUUUUCCACAAGGGCUCGUACCUGCGCAAUGGCUGGAACGUCAUGGACUUCAUCGUGGUGCUCAGCGGCAUCCUCGCCACGGCCGGGACACACUUCAACACCCACGUGGACCUGCGGACGCUGCGGGCCGUGCGCGUGCUCAGGCCGCUGAAGCUCGUCUCGGGCAUUCCCAGCUUGCAGAUUGUGCUGAAAUCCAUCAUGAAGGCCAUGGUGCCUCUCCUGCAGAUCGGCCUGCUGCUCUUUUUUGCUAUCCUCAUGUUUGCCAUCAUUGGCCUGGAGUUCUACAGUGGGAAGCUGCACCGAGCCUGCUACACAAACAAUUCAGGUGAACUAGAGGAGCUGGACCCUCCCCAUCCCUGCGGGGUGCAGGGUUGCCCCCCGGGCUACGAGUGCCGGGAGUGGAUCGGUCCCAACGACGGGAUCACGCAGUUUGACAACAUCCUCUUUGCUGUGCUGACCGUCUUCCAGUGCAUCACCAUGGAAGGGUGGACCACAGUCCUGUACAAUACCAAUGAUGCCUUAGGAGCCACCUGGAACUGGCUGUACUUCAUCCCCCUCAUCAUCAUUGGAUCCUUCUUUGUCCUCAACCUUGUCCUGGGAGUGCUGUCAGGGGAGUUUGCCAAAGAGAGAGAGCGUGUGGAGAACCGCCGAGCCUUCAUGAAGCUGCGGCGGCAGCAGCAGAUCGAGCGGGAGCUCAACGGCUACCGGGCGUGGAUAGACAAAGCGGAGGAAGUCAUGCUGGCUGAAGAGAACAAAAAUUCGGGGACCUCAGCCUUAGAAGUGCUCCGGCGAGCCACCAUCAAGCGGAACCGCACGGAUGCCAUGUCGGGUGACGAGCACUGUGUCGACAUCUCCUCCGUGGGCGAGCGGAGGCUGGCGCAGAGGAGACGUCUCAAUCCAACCUUGGGCAACCCCUCGAGUCACUCUGGCCUCAAAGGGGCCAGGGUGGACGGUGCCUCCUACUUGCGGCACAAGGAGCGGCUCCUGCGCAUCUCCGUCCGCCACAUGGUCAAAUCCCAGGUCUUCUACUGGAUCGUCCUGAGCCUGGUGGCUCUCAACACUGCCUGUGUGGCCAUCGUCCAUCACAACCAGCCAGCCUGGCUCACCCACUUCCUCUACUAUGCAGAGUUCCUGUUCCUUGGGCUCUUCCUUCUGGAGAUGUCCUUAAAGAUGUAUGGGAUGGGGCCACGCCUUUACUUCCAUUCUUCCUUCAACUGCUUCGACUGUGGGGUCACAGUGGGAAGCAUCUUCGAAGUGGUUUGGGCUAUAUUCAGACCAGGAACCUCUUUUGGGAUCAGUGUCCUACGAGCUCUUCGUCUCCUGAGGAUAUUUAAAAUAACCAAGUACUGGGCAUCCCUGAGGAAUUUAGUGGUCUCGCUGAUGAGCUCCAUGAAAUCUAUUAUCAGUCUGCUCUUCCUCCUCUUCCUCUUCAUUGUAGUCUUUGCCCUGCUGGGAAUGCAGCUGUUUGGAGGCAGGUUUAACUUCAUGGAUGGGACCCCCUCGGCCAACUUUGACACCUUCCCUGCAGCCAUCAUGACAGUGUUUCAGAUCCUGACAGGCGAGGACUGGAACGAGGUGAUGUACAACGGCAUCCGCUCCCAGGGAGGCGUGCGCUCAGGGAUGUGGUCCUCCAUCUACUUCAUCGUCCUCACCUUGUUUGGGAACUAUACUCUGCUGAACGUCUUCUUGGCCAUCGCCGUGGACAACCUGGCCAACGCCCAGGAGCUCACCAAGGACGAGCAGGAGGAAGAGGAGGCCUUUAACCAGAAGCACGCCCUUCAGAAAGCCAAAGAAGUCAGCCCCAUGUCUGCCCCAAACAUGCCUGCUAUCGAGCGGGAGCGUCGGCGGAGGCACCACAUGUCGGUGUGGGAGCAGCGCACCAGCCAGCUGCGCCGGCACAUGCAGAUGUCCAGCCAGGAGGGCAUCAACAAGGACGAGCCGCCCCUCAUCAAUCCCCACGCCAGCAUCUUCCGCAGGAAGAGGCCCGGGGAGGGUGUCACCCUGGAGAAAUGCGCUGAGGAGCAGGGCAAGGGAGAGCGCGAGGGACCCGAGCAGGCGGUACCAGGGGCCAACCCCGGCGGCGGGGAGGAGAGGACAUCACCGCGGGCCAAGCGGGACAUGUGGCAGCAGAAGUCUUGCCAUGGGAACUGCGAGCCAGGAGAACAGGACGGGGCAGGAGGCAGCAUGGAGGAUAGGGCGAGGAUGAGGCCGAGCCAGCGGCGCAGCCGGCACCGCAGAGCCCGCGUGGACGGCAAGGACACGGCUGGCAUCUUGGGGAGCCGCUCGGCCAGCCAGGAGAUGGGGCUGGAGGAGGCCAGCACUGCCGAGGGGAUGCAGGAUGGGGACCGGCGUGGGGACAUGGCUGCGGCAGAGGCGCUGAUUCCGGGGGAGCCAGAGGCGAGCGGGGAGUCCAUCAGGACAAACGGGGUCCCUGCUGGCGAUGCCGAUCUGAUUGGCACCACCAAGAAGGGCAGCCCCCCUCACGUGGCAGCCGAGCUCUCCCAGGGGAAGACGGGCUCCCUGAUGGAGCAGGAGUGCAGCAGCCCGGACACGAGCGAGCAGGCGCUGCUGGAGCCCAGCCGCAGCGUGAGCCGCAGCGAGCCCGACCUGUCCUCCAUCACCCCCAACACCGAGAAGGCCACCGAGAGCACGGCCAUCAUGAUCGAUGUGCACGACUCCGCUGUGGUACAGAUUAGCAACAAGACAGACGGCGAAGCCAGCCCCUUAAAGGAAGCUGAGACCAAAGAGGAUGAGGAAGAAAUGGAGAAGAAGAAGAGGAAGAAGGAAAAGAGCGAGACGGGCAAAGCCAUGGUGCCGCACAGCUCCAUGUUCAUCUUCAGCACCACCAACCCGGUGAGGAGGGCCUGCCACUACAUCGUGAACCUGCGCUACUUCGAGAUGUGCAUCCUGCUGGUGAUCGCUGCCAGCAGCAUCGCCCUCGCCGCCGAGGAUCCCGUCCUCACCAACUCCGACCGCAACAAAGUGCUGAGGUAUUUUGACUACGUCUUCACUGGUGUCUUCACCUUCGAGAUGGUGAUCAAGAUGAUUGAUCAGGGCUUGAUCCUGCAGGAUGGCUCCUACUUCCGAGACCUCUGGAACAUCCUGGAUUUCAUCGUGGUGGUGGGAGCGCUGGUGGCCUUUGCCUUGGCGACCAACAAGGGCCGGGAUAUCAAGACCAUCAAGUCUCUCCGUGUGCUGCGGGUCUUGAGGCCCCUGAAAACCAUCAAGAGACUGCCCAAGCUGAAGGCUGUUUUUGACUGUGUAGUGACAUCUCUCAAGAACGUCUUCAACAUCCUCAUUGUCUACAAGCUCUUCAUGUUCAUCUUCGCCGUCAUCGCCGUGCAGCUCUUCAAGGGGAAGUUCUUCUACUGCACUGACAGCUCCAAGGACACGCAGAAGGACUGCAUAGGGAACUACGUGGACCACGAGAAGAACAAGAUGGAGGUGAAAUGCAGGGAGUGGAAGCGGCACGAGUUUCACUAUGACAACAUCAUCUGGGCUCUGCUCACCCUGUUCACGGUGUCCACCGGCGAGGGGUGGCCCCAGGUGCUGCAGCACUCGGUGGAUGUGACGGAGGAGGACCGCGGGCCCAGCCGCAGCAACCGCAUGGAGAUGUCCAUUUUUUAUGUCGUCUACUUCGUGGUCUUCCCCUUCUUCUUCGUCAACAUUUUCGUGGCUCUCAUCAUCAUCACCUUCCAAGAGCAAGGAGACAAAAUGAUGGAGGAGUGCAGCCUGGAGAAGAACGAGAGGGCCUGCAUUGACUUUGCCAUCAGCGCCAAGCCCCUGACGCGGUACAUGCCCCAGAACAGACACACCUUCCAGUACCGCGUGUGGCACUUCGUGGUGUCCCCGUCCUUUGAGUACACCAUCAUGGCCAUGAUAGCCCUCAACACCGUGGUGCUCAUGAUGAAGUACUAUUCUGCUCCAUACACCUAUGAGCUGGCCCUGAAGUACCUGAACAUUGCCUUCACCAUGGUGUUCUCCCUGGAGUGCGUCCUCAAGAUCAUUGCCUUUGGCUUCCUGAAUUAUUUCCGGGACACCUGGAACAUCUUUGACUUCAUCACGGUCAUCGGCAGCAUCACGGAGAUCAUCCUGACGGACACCAAGCUGGUGAACACCAGCAGCUUCAACAUGAGCUUCCUGAAGCUUUUCCGGGCUGCUCGGCUCAUCAAGCUGCUCCGCCAGGGUUACACCAUCCGCAUCCUGCUCUGGACCUUUGUGCAGUCCUUCAAGGCACUCCCCUAUGUCUGCCUGCUGAUUGCCAUGCUUUUCUUCAUCUACGCCAUCAUUGGGAUGCAGGUUUUUGGCAAUAUCAAACUCGACGAGGAAAGCCACAUUAACAGGCACAACAACUUCCGCAGCUUCCUGGGCUCCCUCAUGCUCCUCUUCAGGAGUGCCACUGGAGAGGCGUGGCAGGAGAUCAUGCUGUCCUGCCUGGAGGGCAAGGGCUGCGAGCCGGACACCACGGCGACGUCCGGGCAGAACGAGAACGAGCGCUGCGGCACUGACCUAGCCUACGUUUACUUCGUGUCCUUCAUCUUCUUCUGCUCCUUCCUGAUGCUCAACCUGUUUGUGGCAGUCAUCAUGGACAACUUUGAGUACCUGACACGGGACUCCUCCAUCCUGGGCCCUCACCAUCUGGAUGAGUUUGUCCGGAUCUGGGCAGAGUAUGACCGAGCAGCGUGUGGCCGAAUCCAUUACACUGAGAUGUAUGAAAUGCUGACUCUUAUGUCACCACCGCUAGGCCUCGGCAAGAGAUGUCCUUCCAAAGUGGCCUAUAAGAGACUGGUGCUGAUGAACAUGCCCGUGGCCGAGGACAUGACAGUCCACUUCACCUCCACCCUCAUGGCCCUGAUCCGCACGGCCUUGGACAUCAAAAUUGCCAAAGGUGGUGCAGAUUGGCAGCAGUUGGACUCUGAGCUUCAAAAGGAGAUCCUGACCAUUUGGCCUCACCUCUCCCAGAAGAUGCUUGACCUGUUGGUACCCAUGCCAAAAACCUCUGACCUGACUGUUGGGAAAAUAUAUGCAGCCAUGAUGAUCAUGGAUUACUACAAGCAGAGCAAGGCGAAGAAGCAGCGGCAGCAGCUGGAGGAGCAGAAAAAUGCCCCCAUGUUCCAGCGCAUGGAGCCAUCCUCUCUGCCGCAGGAGAUCAUCUCCAACGCCAAGGCUCUGCCAUACCUCCAGCAGGACACCCUCUCGGGCCUGAGCAGCCGAGGCGGGUUCCCCUCGCUGAGCCCGCUCUCGCCGCAGGAGAUCUUCCAGCUGGCGUGCAUGGAUCCGGCCCAGGAGCAGUUCCAGGAGCACCAAUCUCUGGAGCCAGAGGUUAGGGAGUUUCAAAGAGUGCAGCCCUCUAACCGUGGCAGCUACCUUCCCGUGGACACUCAGGACCACGCUGUCUCUGGGAGGGCCUCCUCCAUGCCUCGUCUCACUGUGGAUCCCCAGGUGGUGACAGACACCAGCUCCAUGCGGAGAUCGUUCUCCACCAUCCGGGACAAGCGGCCCAACAGCUCCUGGCUGGAUGAGUUCUCCAUGGAGCGCAGCAGCGACAACACCUACAAGUCCCGCCGGCGCAGCUACCACUCCUCGCUCCAGCUGUCCGCCCGGCGCCUCAACGCCGACUCGGGCCACCGGUCCGAGGGGCACCGCUCGGGCAGGGAGCGGGGCCGAUCCAAAGAGCGCAAGCACCUGCUGUCCCCGGACAUCUCCCGCUGCAACUCCGAGGAGAGGAGUCCCCAGGCGCAGGAGGAGUCACCGGAGCGGCGGCGCGAGUCCCGGUCACCCAGCGAGGGCAGGUCACAGACACCCAGCAGGCAGGGCAUGGGCUCCCUGAGCGAAAGCUCCAUCCCCUCCAUCUCGGACACCAGCACGCCCCGGCGAGGCCGCCGCCAGCUGCCGCCGGUGCCCCCCAAGCCGCGUCCCCUCCUGUCCUACGCCUCCAUGCUGCGACACGCCGGGGACACCUCUCCUCCGGCCGACGAGAGCGAGGGCGGCUCUCCGCUGCUCUCCUCCAGCCUGGAUCCCAGCACGGCCGGCCCGGCAGAGUCUUCCAGCUCUCCGGCGGGGAAGCAGAGCCGGCAGUCCACGCCGCAGCGCUACAUCUCGGAGCCCUACCUGGCGCUGCACGACGACUCGCACGCCUCAGACUGCGGUGAGGAGGAGACGCUCACCUUCGAGGCGGCCGUGGCCACCAGCCUGGGCCGCUCCAACACCAUCGGCUCGGCGCCGCCGCUGCGGCACGGCUGGCAGAUGCCCAACGGGCACUACCGGCGGCGGCGGCGAGGGGCGGCGCAGGGCGUCAUGUGCGGGGCCAGCAUCGACGUGCUCAGCGACACCGAGGAAGAUGACAAGUGCUAGAAGCUGCCCCCGCUGCCCCCCGAGCCUCAAACCCGCGCCCCGACCCCGCCUCGGCUGCCCCCCCGUCCAUCCCGCCCUGCCCUUCUCCGAUGCAUGCUCUUCGCCGCGCCUGGGAAUGAAACUGAAAACCAAAACCAAACGCAGGGGGAAAACACAAGGAAAGAAAAGAAAACAAAAGAAGCAACAAAACAAAAAAACCAACCAACCAAACAAACAAAAAAGCCCCCGCCCCAAACCGACCGGAACGGAGGGGGAAGGAAAAGGAGAGAGGGAAAAAAAAAAACCCACAACGAAAAAGAAAAGAAACGGGGAAAAAAAAAGUCUUUGUGCAAAAAAAAAAAAAAAAAAUUAAAAUCUGUCGACUUUCAUUUAUUACUAUCACUUUUUUUUUUUUCUGCACAGAGAAGCACUUGUUGGGCAGCAGAGCGGCCCGGCCGGGUUGGUGUGCUGGAGGACAAGGGAGAGCCCCCCCCGGCCGCAGCCCUGCUCCCUGCCCCGAGAGGGAUCCCCGGGAAAGCUCAUCCCGAGGGAUCUUCUGCUCCCUGUGGCCGGAGAGUCCCAGCAAAGGGAUGCGAUGGACCCACCCCCUUUGCUCUGUCGCUUGGGCUUGUGCUGCUGUGGCUUUGAACUUCCGUCCCCGAGGGUCUCAUCCUGCCUGGAAAAGGGGCAGGAGGUGACCGUGGGGGGCAGGGGAUGAGGGGUUGGGAUGCCCCCAGACAGACCAGAGCAGCUCUGGCUGCCAGAGGGGGCAGAACUGGUUUGUGCUGGGGGUGGGGGGCUCAGUGCUGCCGAAUGUACCCUGUGUCCCACCGACAUAUAUUUAUUUAUAUACGGAGAACUCUAGGUGUGCCUGUGUGUGUAUAUACAGGGGGUGUGUGUGUGUAUAUAUAUUUAUAUGCUGUAUAUAUAAAGAUAUACACAUACAUAGAUUUGUUUUAAUCACCUGACAAUGCUGGCGAGCCCCUUGGGGCUCCUGCUGCCUGCACCCUGCUUUGGUGGGGGCAGGACUGAGCCUCCCCGGGGGACUGCUGUACAGAGCAUUGGGAAUGUCACCUUGCUCCCUCUCCCAGGUGUUUCCAGCGCUGGGAAUUGCAUUUUCUCUCUUAGAGAUGGCUGUGGCAAGGGCUCCUCGGGCAGCUCGGUGCCUGCAGGAGGGGGAUGCCCAAGGGAUGAGGACAGAGCUGUCCCAGGGAGAAGGCAGUGCCAAGGGGGUGAUGGCAAACCUCCCUCUCAGAGGCCUCUUUGCUUGUUUUCCCAGGAAAAGAAGAAAUCCAUGUCUGCAGGGGAGUGAAGAUGUUGUGAGUGCAUGAUGUAUCUUAAGAUCUUUCCUCCGGGCACAGGCAUCCGGGUUUGGCUGUGGCCCUGCCUCAGUUUCCCCUGCAGCCAUGGCCUGUGCCCUCUCCAGGGGCCUGGCACCCCUUUGGAGAAGGGCUGCAUGAGGGGCUGGCAGUGCAAACCCCACGGCCCCGGUGUGGGAGCAGGUGGGUGCCCAAGAGCUGGGGAGACUUGGGGAAGGAGCACUGUCCUGAGCAGGGUGGCUCAGCCCUCCUGCAAACACUGAGAAUGCAGAACAGGGCCACCUUCCAGCACCAGUCAAUUAAUUAAUCUGCUAAUUGUGUGCUGUCAGCUCUCAAGGAUCUGUGCAGUGGGUGCAGUGCUGUGCCCGGGGAGGUGCUGCUGGUGGCCCGUGGUGAUGGGUGGCUCACCCUGGUGACUAGUGCUGUGUUUCUGCUAUGAGCUGUGUCUGGUGUCAGCCUCAGCGUGGUCCUGGGGAGCUGGAGGGUGCUGUGCCUUUGGAGCCUCAGGGAAGGGUUUGUUCUGAGGGCUGGGUGAUGCUCUCUGUGUUUGGACCAGGCAUGGUGGCCCUGAGUGGAGAUGGGACGUGGGGAUGGGCAGGUGAAGGCAGCACAGCCCUCACCCUGCCCUUCCUCCUGCCCACGGCUUUGCUUUGCUGCAGGUUGUUGUGGUCUGGGUUUUUGGGGCUGCUGUGCAGCUGAGCAGCAGCUCUGGCCAGGCUUUGCUUUGGUCCUGGGUAGCUCAUGUCUUCUCCCGAUGGAAAGAUGCACAAACUGCCCUGCUCCUGCAUGUGCAGAUCAUGUCCUGAUCGCUUUGUGAGCUCCCCCCGGGGCAGCUCUGCUUUGUGAGAAGCAAAUCCCGGUGCCUCUGAAGGCUUCCUGCUCCAGGGCUCGUGCAUGGACCAAACCCCCUCCUUCCCAUGGCCAAAGUGCCCCCUGUGCCCCCCAAAGCUCCUCCUGCCUGGUGGUGGGGGGCACCUCUGCCGUCCCUGCUGCUUCCCAAACAGACACUUCCACCUGCCCAGGGACCCAAAAUUCCACGGGCAGGCCUUUGGCUCAGAUCCUGCGUAUCCCCCCCCGUCUCCAUGGGACAAACCACGUCCCAUGCAGCCGUGGGGAAGGUCCCUGCUGGUGGCUGGGGACACGGGCACCUCCUGUUCCCUCCCGUGGCUUCACCCUGAAGCUUCCGGAGCUCCGGGAUUUGGGAGAGCCGGGUCUGGCGGGAUCGCGUGGGAUCGGGGACAGGGGACGCGGUGCUGCCGGGGGCAGGGGAAGGCGAUGCCGUACCUGCUCUAAAUAUAGGUGUCGGUAUCGUCUCCUUCUAAAUGCGGAAAGGUGUCUGACAAUGCGCCGGGCUCUGAGUAAGAGCCCGCGGAGGGGGGGAGGAGGCGGCUUUUUGUGUCUGUGCCUGGCGGGUGGGAGGGAGGCAGCGAUGCUCUCCGAGCGGGGGCACGUUUCAUGCGGAUUUCGAGCUUUUUGGGCGCUUUUCUUUCCUCCAGCCCCGGGCACGGGGCCGGCGAGCGGUGUCGGUGGUGGCACAGGAUGGGGCACAGCCCCCGGGGCGCACCCGCGCUGCCACCCCGGGCUGCAGCGCCCGAACCUGAGCUCUUUGGCAUGUCAGCCCUGUGUUUCACUAACGUACAGAAACUGUGUGGGACAAAACACAGCCCCUUUUCACCCGGAAAGGGUCCGAAAAUGCCCCGCUUCUGCCUCUGCCGAAGCCGCCGCAGCGCUGGGGACAGGCAGGGACCUGCGGGGACACGGUGGCACCUCCGCAGCGCGACUCUGAAACCAAAAACACCCCCCGGGAGAACCACGGGAAGGACUGUGCCGAGGGGGGAGCCCAGCCGGCCCCGAGGCACCGCUGCAGCCUGUGCCUUGCUUUUCAAGGCGCUGGACUCGGCUUUGCUGCUGUGCAAUCUCUCCUCUGUGGAAUUCUGGACAUUUCCGCGGCCUCCCGGACACCAGGACUGUGCCACUCGGUGGCUGCUGGCCAUGCUGGGCCACGGGAGGCAGGAUGGGUGGCGGGGGGGGGGAUGUAUUUCAACCUCUGCCUGCGUAGGACAUGCCCUGGGCAGGCAGGAGUUCACCAGUGGCACACAGCUGGUUCCCAGCUCGGUGCUGGGGCUGGACUGGAAGCCCUGCACAUCUCCUGGGGGGGCUGUGGUUGGUGUGUGAGGGGGUGUGGCAGCCCUGGCACACAGAGGCCAGCUGUCCCCUCCAGGCUGGCUGUCCCAGCACCAUCCUCCUGUCCCCCCAGGAGAGCUUGGAUGGCAGAGCCCCCCAGGCGUGGGGCUGGUGUCUGUCCUGGGGAGGGUGAGUGGGAGAUGCUCUGCCUUCAUCCCCCAGGCUCUGGGUGGGAUGUUGUAACAUAAACUGCUCGUUUGGACCCAAACGGGGAAGCGAGCUGACCACCAACAAUGUACAACUCCUCAAUGUUUUUUGUCAAAAGGAAAGAAAAAUAAAACCUUGUUGUAAAGAA